GGUGAGGCGGGGCCUGGCCGGCCGCGUGACCGUCGUCGCCGUCACGUGAUGCGGCCUGUCGGGCUCCCAAGAUGGCGGUGUGCGUAGCGGUGAUCGCCAAGGAGAAUUACCCUCUUUACAUCCGCAGUGUCCCCACGGAGAACGAGCUCAAGUUUCACUACAUGGUGCACACGUCCCUGGACGUAGUGGACGAGAAGAUCUCAGCAAUGGGGAAGGCCCUGGUGGACCAGAGGGAGCUCUACCUGGGCCUGCUGUACCCUACAGAGGACUACAAGGUAUACGGCUACGUGACCAACUCCAAGGUGAAGUUUGUCAUGGUGGUGGAUUCCUCCAACACGGCGCUCAGAGACAACGAGAUUCGCAGUAUGUUCCGGAAGCUGCACAACUCCUACACAGACGUGAUGUGCAACCCCUUCUAUAACCCGGGGGACCGCAUUCAGUCCAGGGCCUUUGAUGGCAUGGUGACGUCCAUGAUGAUACAGGUCUGUUGAGGAGAGCUCUGCAGCCCGUGGCUGGAAGGAAUCGUUCUGUGCAUAACUGUGUUGUUCAGAUGUAUCUUUAUUUCCACUUGUCUCCUCUCGGGUGUCAUGGACGUGCCACUGGGGGCAGGGCCUCUUGCACGGCGCCUGUUGACUAAAGGUCUUGUGAGA